AUGAAAUACCUCUCACAACCUGUACUCGCCACAGUCGUAUCCAAUAUCAAUAUGCAGUCUAAUUCAGCAGUUCUAUCAAGUUCUUAUGGACCAUGUAUGACAGAUAUCAGUCCUGCCCAAUACCACAUACAAGAUACACAUACAACUCUCUUUGGGAUUCUACCUUCUUCUUGGUCAGUCAGCACGCUUGACCAGGGAUCUAGCCAGCAUCGAUCCAGACUAAAUGAUAUGUUGUGCACUCAAUCAAAUGCCUCGCUAGUAGAUAUGCCAGGCAUUGAACCAGAUUCACAGUUGCUCCAAUACCGACAGAUCCUGUUGAACGAUCCUUCACUAGCACCCGAAGCCGCUUUACAGGUCAUUAUGAAAAACAUUCCAUCUCCACCGCCAUUGCCAAACAGUAACAGUCAGCGCACAUCCAAUAGGUCAACCCAUCUUUUUUCUUGGAUAAAAAGACUUGGUUUUAAACAUGCAAAAAUAUCUCGACAUAUCAAGUCAGUAGCCAAAAAGGCUUUACAUGAAGCCGGACACAAGGAGUUGUCACUACUACUUUCCACCUUAUGGAAGUAUGCGCAUGACAUGUCCAACUGGAUACUUGCAGCCUGCAAAGCCAUUCGUGCUGUCCCAUUAGAGUCGCUAGAUUUUCAAGGCAUCACUAUUUGUGAUGAUAUCGAAACGGCAUUUGUAAGCUGGUGGAUGAUUUUCAUUCGAUUGAAAGUAAAAGUUGAGAGUAUCGUUCAAAGAGUUGGAAAUGAUACAUCUAUUUUGGAUGGAGAGAUGACUGCUUUGAAGAGUAAUCUGGUCGAGUUUUUUGGCAAGUAUGACAACGUGCAUGAGACUUUGGAAGAACGCUUGCUUGGCUACAUUCAAAAACCGAAUCACAAUAUCAAGAUUUUAAUGGAAAUCACUGCAGAUGUCGAGCAGAUCAAAUCUAUAGUUGCCAAUCUUCAAGAGGCAGUAAGAAAUGCUAUGAUUACCGAGCCACAGCAUGAAUUUGACGAUCGACAAAAGUCGAGGUUUGUUGAAAGACUAACCAGUAUCAAAAAGCUGUUGGAUCGCAAAGUUGCAACUGCUACAUGA